AUGGGCGAACAAAAGGCCACAACCGAUGUCGGUUCAACUUCCGGCGAAUCAUCGAGGACCUCGCCGAAGGUAUUGACCGCCGGUGAUCGGAAAUUACUCAAGGUGGAGCUCCGUCAGGGGGAGACGACGUACGUGUCCUGGAAGAAGCUUAUGAAGGAAGCUAGCAAGGACAAUGGCUUGUCCCACUCGGCGGCGCCCGACCCGCCUCCUAAUGCUAACCCUAAUCUCGAGACUCGCCUUGCACCGCCAAUGCAGGGGCCACCAGCAGAAGGUGAAGCGGGUGACCAACCUCAUUCUAAUCGUUUCAACGCUGUUAUAGAGAAGAUCGAGAGACUCUACAUGGGAAAAGAUAGUAGUGAUGAGGAAGAGUUAGAUGGUGCUCCCGACGAUGACGAGUAUGACACGGAAGAUUCAUUUAUCGAUGACGCUGAAUUGGAUGAGUAUUUUGAAGUUGAUAAUUCAGCAAUUAAACAUGAUGGAUUUUUUGUCAAUAGAGGAAAGUUAGAACGGAUUGAACCGUCAACAGCAACAACAUCGAACCGGCAACCAAAGAAAAGGCAAAGGAAAGAGUCGGCAAAACCUUGUGGCGAUGAUGUUGAUGUAUCUAGAAAACAAGCCAAGGUGGCUAAGACGGCUGGAGGAAAGGACCAAUCAGCUGUUUCUGGGCCCUCUUCAAAGAAAAAGUCCAAUGAUUCAAAGACAGUGCAGGAUUCGGUUUCCCCUUUGAAAACUCAAAGUGGCAAUGACUCCUUAUUAUUGGAAAAUGUGAAGCAUACUGAUAAAGCAAAUCAUCAGCCUAGGAAUGCCAUAACUCCGUCAGAGGAAGCUGGAUCUUCUGGCGCCCUUCAUUCAAAGUUUAGCAACAAAAGUGCUCAUCAGCAAUCUAAUUCCUUGCCAGGAAAAUCUCGCCCAAAUGGUUCAGAAAAAUCAACAGUAGUCCGUCAGAAAGAAAACAAUGGCAUGCAUGACCCGGACAAUGCAACUCUAAGCAGACAAUCUAGUCAAAUGACUAGAAAAAGUGGCUCUAAAGUCAGGCCCAAAACCUCGGCACUUGAGAAAGCCAUCAGGGAAUUGGAGAAGGUGGUCUCUGAAUCAAGGCCUCCUGCUCCCACUGAGAAUCAAGAUGCCGAUACCACUUCCCAAGCAGUGAAGAGGGGAUUGCCAACAGACGUAAAAUUGAAGCUUGCUAAAGUUGCUAGGAUUGCUGCGCCGCCGGGCAAAGAAAGUUUAUCGGGAGAGUUAAUCAAUCGCCUCAUGAGCAUUGUUGGCCAUUUGAUACAAGUUAGAUCACUUAAGAGGAAUUUGAAAAUCAUGAUUGAUUCUGGCGACUCUGCAAAUCGAGAAAAAGAUGCUAGAUUUCAGCGGAUCAAGAAUGAAGUUAUUGAGAUGUUAAAAACACAAGUUCCAUUGAUGGAAUCCCAGGCAACCAAUCAAGAAGCUGGAUCAUCAGACGAUUUCCAGGAGGCUGGCUCUGUUGAAAAGCCACCUUUGAAGAAGAAGUUUGUCAUGGAUGAGGCGCUUGAGGAUAAACUGUGUGAUCUAUAUGACAUCUUUGUUGAUGGAUUGGAUGAAGAUUCAGGUCCACAGAUCAGAAAGCUUUACGCAAAUCUAGCUGAACUCUGGCCAAAUAAGUUAAUGGACAAUCAUGAGAUCAAGCGUGCCAUUUGCCGGGCAAAGGAAAGGCGAAGAGCAUCGAAGGAGAAGGAUCAAGGGAAGAUGACAAAGAAGAAACAGACACAAGCGGUACCAAAAUCAGACCCGGUUGCUAAUCCCGACAAGGCUUCAGGUGUUGGAGAUAAAACAAGUGUUGUCCCAAGCGCAACCACCACGUCCUUAGUCAACAGUCAACCUACAGCUGACUCAUCGCGCGACAGGUCAAAGCAGCAACAUGAGAAACUAAAGGGGACCUCAAGCUGUAGCAACCCUACAGCAGAAGUAAAGACAGUCAGAAGAAAGACAGAACCGAGUGCAGAAGAAUCUAACCUGCCCAAAGAGAAAAAUCUUGUUCUGGCUCUAAGGCAACAGACUCAUCAACAACCCAAGUCACAGGCUCCUCCGGAUCUCAACCUGCCAAGUUAA